CUCACCUUUGGCGGGGGGCUUCUUGGGGCUGGGAGGAGGCUGGGACGCCAGGCAGUCACACUCCGGGGGCAGCUGGGGACAGCUGGGCCUGGGAGGAAGAGGGCUGUGCCUAGGGCUGUAGGGGGCUGGGCAGGGGUGUUUGGCUACAGUGGAGACCCUGCGGCCAGACAGGGAGAGACCUGGGAUCUCUGGGCAGAGGCCUGGCUUGCUUAGGGUGGCUCCCCAGCUGGGCCUGCCCCCGGAACUGGCUCUCUCCUGCCCCGACUGCCAGCAGCUCCAGGCCUGGAGAGGCUGGGCUUCUGGGAGCGGCUCUUUCCCACAGGCUGCGCACAAGCCUGGGGAGUGGGGCCCACGGCCUGGGAGCCCAGGACAGAGCCGAGGCCUCUCUUUACUGUGGUUCUGGGCCUGGGAGCCAAACAGCUCCCCCCCUCGACCUCCUGAAUCCCCUGGCAACUUCCCAGUCACGGCGGGUUCCGCUGCCAGAGCCAUUUAUAACUCUCAUUCCAGGCUCCGCUCAGCAGUGGAGCUCCCUGGAGAGCCCGGGGGAGGGGCAGCCCACUGCUGGGAGCUGCGGGCUUGGAUAUAAGGCCCUGACCUGAGCCCCUGAAAGGCAGACAGACAGGCACACAAGCCCAGUAGGGUGGGGACUUGAGGCCUUCUGCGUGCCAUCUCCCCUUGUGAGCCUAGCUCUGGGGAUGGCUCCAUUCAUGGUAAGAAUAUGCUUCUCAGGUGAACGUGAAAGUUAGGGGCCUGACAAGGGAUGGGCCCAGCAGUCAGGAGCUUGGGCCCCCUGCCCUCUGCAGGGGUCUCACGGAGCUGAGUCCCCCAUGAGCAGGCAGGAAGAGAAGGAUGCCGAGCUGGAUCGGAGGAUAGUUGCCCUUCGAAAGAAGAACCAGGCCUUACUACGCAGGUACCAGGAGAUCCAGGAAGACCGGCGGCAGGCGGAGCAGGGGGGCAUGGCCGUGACCACAGCGGAAUUCCUCCGACCCGAUGGCCUCACUGUCACUAUCAGCCAGGUUCCCGGCGAGAAGCGGGUAGUCUGCCGGAACUGGGCAAGGUCCCUCAGACCUGGAGCAGCCAGUGGGAUGCUUGAGGAUGAGGACGUGGAGGCCCACACUGGUACUUUCUGCUUGGGGGAGCGGGUGGAGCUGGCUGUGACCAUGGAAAACAAAGCUGAGGCCAAGCGGAUCGUAAGCGAGAAGCCCACCAGAGCAAGGAACCAGGGGGCAGAAGGGUCACGUGGAAGGGGCUUGGGACGGACCCCCUCCACGCAGAUGGCCACCAGCUCGGAUUCUGCACGGAAAGGUGUGCGGGAGCCCCAGAGUCCAGGCCUGGUCCCAGGCCCAGUUCCCCGCCGGCCAGUGGGGGGACCCUUGGAGGUGGGCUGGGACUAUGCCCAGUGGAAGCAGGAGCGGGAACAGAUCGACCUGGCCCGUGUGGCCAGGCAUAGAGAUGCACAGGGUGACUGGCGCCGCCCAUGGGACCUGGACAAGGCCAAGCCCACGCUACAGGACUCCAGCAAGCCUCGGGAAGAGGGCCCGGCCAGGGUGGGCGGCGCCAGGGGUCCCAGGAGCCACCGGAAGUCACAGCCCCCACCACUGUCCCUUGAUGCUAAAGGUGGUACGACUUGGGGUGGGCCCCCCAGCAGACCCUCAGCGGUGUCUGCCACACGAAGCAAAGCCCGGGGGACAGAGAGGCUGACCGGCAGGGCCCGCAGGUGGGAAACCAAGGAAGUCAAAGAGGAGCUGGAGAACCAGGAGGGAAGCCACAGUACCAGAAAGACUCGGAGCGAGGAGGAACAUUCACAGAAGCAGAGCAGGAUGGGGCUGGGCCGACCUGCAAGUGCCCCAGCAACCUGCCCAGCCCCAGGAUCCCCAGGGGGGCCGAAAAGGGAGUCAGGAGCGUCCAUAGCCAGUCCAGUCCCUGGCUCGCCACAGAACACUGACUUGGUUCCCCUUGACCUUUCUCUAGGAGGGGCCAGUAGCCCUGGGUCCGGGGAGAGUGUGUGUGUACUCACUCCAAGGCCCGGGGCUCAGGAGAACCCUGUGUCCUCACCAGAUGGUUCUGAGCAGCUCCUGGGGUGGAAUGACCCCCAGGCUGAGCUGGAAGCACAGACUUGUUCGGAGCCACAAGGAGGCGCAGGGCCCUCAGAGCCCAGAGAAGACAAGUCUGGCAAGGCUGGGGCCCAGCAGGGCUUGGCACCACGAAGCAGGCCCCCCAGAGGAAUGGGCCAAAGGGCAAGGGGCACAGGAGGUGUGAGAAGCAGGACAGGAGGGCCUGGCCCUGCAGGAAGAUGCUGAGCAAAGCUCCUGGGAGCAUGGGGGCCAGGCUGGGGAGAGCAGGAGGGAAGAAUGAAGUCAGCACUCUUGUCUCUUGUGUGUGAUGGAUGCUGGUGGCUUGUGGCAGUCUGGCUGAGCAGCUGGGCAAACUCUCCAGCGGGGUGACAUUGUGAGGGCAAGGAGCCAUCCUUCCUUGCCCCUCAUGGGCACAGCCUAUGCAUAGGUGUGUUUUUACCUGCAGAUAAAUCUCCUGGUGUAUUCCUAUGCCAGGUCUCUAAGGCUGUUGAGCCCUGUCCUGGGUCUGUCACCAUCCAGGCCACCAGCUUCCCUGCCCUGGCAAGAAUGCGAGGCUUGGGAGCGCUCGGCACCUGGCUCUCCUGGCCUCUGUCACCACCAAGGCCUGGCUUCUCUUUCCAGCUGCGGCUUUGACUCCUCCAGUGCAAGGAGCCUCAGUAGCUGGCAGGACCAGUCCAGGCCUGGGGCCCUUCCCCUGCCUCUGCCUUGCACCCAGGUGACUCACAGCCCCAAACUCACAGGAUGGCCAAACCAGGGGAAAUCUUGGCCAUCAACUGGCAGCCUCUGGCCCUUCUGGAAGAGGAGGCUGAGGCUCGAAGAAAGGGAGGCCACAGCAGGUAGGGACAGCUGGGGACAGAAGAGCAGAGCUCAGGUUUCCUCCGCAAAAGAGAGGGUUCAUGGAAAGGCCUCCUCUCUGAAAUGGUCUGGGGUUGGGUGGGGAGAGGACAGCCUUCUUCUCCCACAGUAGGAUGGGAGAGCUCAUCAGCAGGGAUCCCCUCCCCCCCACACAGGUCAGACAUCAAGUAUACCAUCAAGACAGCAUGGGGGAUGGUGGGGGAG